UUCACAACCAAGGUUACAUUUCUCUCAUCACUAAUUGUAGAAGCUUGUUUUUCAGCAGGAGUAAAAAAAUAUUUUAGUUUUUCUUUUAUAAAAUUGUGAUAAAAUGAUUAUAAUGCAAAUGGAUUUGGAACCCGGGUUCCGUAAAGCUGAUAUCAAUAGUAUACCAGUAAUACGUAGUGAAACUAUAUUUACUUUUAUAGCAAAAGUGUCGGCCACAAGUACGACGCCACCAGAACAGGCCUUAGCCAGACAGACUAAGGAUUCAGAUUUGAGAGUAGACUAUGUGCAAGUACGCCGUGUGGCGGAAAUUACCGAUAUCAAGGCUUUGGUGUUUUCGGCCUCUGCGGCUUUGGCCUCAUCUGCCGAUACCCACAUGAGAGUAAGCCUCAAGGUCGACACCAAAAAGGAAGAGAUUCUUGAAGCCAUGUGCUAUCAAUGUACGGAUAAAGAAUCCUGUUGCCACAUAUUGACAUUUAUAUUCUGGCUACAUCGUCUCAACAACACAGAGUCUCCGGUGAUACAUGACUUUUGGGGUCAUGAAACAGAAGCCCUAAUGGAAGAGGGACGGGCAGAGCCCAUACGUAUACGAGACUUUUUUGCCUGCGAUGAGUUGAGAAUAGAGGGUGACCUUGAAGCUGCUGCUAUGACAGAUUUGGAAGGCGCUGCUUUUCUAGAACAUGUGCUAGACGAAAUGGAAGCUACUGGCUUAAGAGAUGCAGCGUUAUAUCGUCAUUGUCGGGGUGUUUUAGAUGAAUUUGAACCUCUGUAUAUACAUCACACUUUAUUGGAUGCCUCCAAUAUUGGUGUCAAAGAUCCUGCCACAUUUAUACAGCACAUGGAAGAUCAAGCUAAACAGGGUUUAUUUGAUCGUCUAUCGGAAAUAUCAAAAUCAAAUUAUAAAAGUUCUUUAUGGCUAGAGGCGCAAUAUAUGCGCUUGCGCUGUUCUUUAAUACAUCGUAUAGCCUCAAGAAAGGAUUCCGUGGAAGAUGAACAAAUUUUAGAGUCUUUGUUUUGUAAGGAUCGUGAUCUAAAUGUAGAAGAAAAGCAACAGCUAAAACAACAUAAACGUUUUAUAUUGAAACAAACGGAAAAAUUGGAAAAUAAAACCUAUCAUGAAUGUGGUCUUCUGUUAAGCGAAAGUUAUCCUUACAUAUGUGCUGCUCCCGAUGGCAUAACCGAUGAUCAUAUUGUGGAAAUUAAAGCACCCAAAACAGAUGAGGAAUUUGAAAAGUAUUUGGAGGGUAGAGAGACCAUUGCUCCCAAAUAUAUGGCCCAGAUACAAAUACAAAUGUAUAUGGCAAAUGUUACCAAAGCUUUAUAUUGUGUUUUAAGUCCUACCUUCGAUACUAAUGGCGCUCUACAUUAUGUUUGGGUACAAGCUGAUAUGGAAUUUGUGGCUAGUCUUUUGGGAGCAGCUGAAGACUUUUGGAAGGAAGUGGUAUUUCCUCGUCUAGCCAAAAUCUAUUUUAGUAAUUCAUAAUUAAGAAGUUUUUUUAAACAUGUAGUGUUACGUUCUUCCCAUCUAAUUAUGAUAUUUUUUCAAAUACAUAUUCACUUUUCAGUUUUAUUUUAUACGAAAAUAAAGAAAUUUUACAACACCA